AUGAAAGUUUUUGCCUUGCUGUUGUCUGUGCUCCUUGCCUUGGUUGCAACAUCCGUGGCCUUGAAGGAUCCAAUUUGUGGCUUGCCAUCCGGUGUCAUUGGAAUCUGUCGUGCCGAAAUACCCAAAUUUACCUACAACGCCGAUACUAAUGAAUGCAUUUCAUUCGUCUAUGGUGGCUGCCAGGGAAAUGAAAACAAUUUUGUGACUAAAGAAGAAUGCGAAGAGAAAUGUAAAGAAUAA